UUGACGUAUUUCUAUUUGGAGGGUAAAUGAUGCAUUGUUUCUGAGAGUCCCAUUGUUGUUACUGUCUUUGCAUAAUUUUGUUCUUUCAUGCCUUCAUGAUGCCUUGGAGGAAAUUGGGAUCGUUUUGUUGCUUCUUCAAGAAUUUCAAUUUCCGGGUUUUGCCCCAGCAGGAAAGAAUGAGGGAGGCCCAGCUUGGUGCACACACUGUAAGGUCCCAUGGAUUUGUGGUUGCUAAGUCACACAAGCAUGAUUGGCUUAUCCUGUUGCUUCUUGUAGUGAUAGAGAUCAUUCUCCUUGUCAUUCAUCCAUUUUACCGUUUUGUGGGGAAGGAUAUGAUGACUGACCUCAAAUAUCCCCUGAAAGCUAAUACUGUGCCUGUAUGGGCCGUGCCGCUGUAUGCAGGUGUGUUGCCCAUCGCCAUUUUUCUUGUCUUCUAUCUCCGUAGGAAAGACGUGUAUGAUCUCCACCAUGGAAUACUAGGCCUUUUAUUCACCAUAUUGCUAACGGCGGUUUUGACGGAUGCAAUAAAAGAUGCAGUUGGUCGGCCUCGACCGGAUUUCUUUUGGCGUUGUUUCCCUGACGGGAAGGAGUUAUAUGAUAAUUUGGGUAAUGUCAUUUGUCACGGAAAGGCCAGUGAUAUAAGGGAAGGACACAAGAGUUUCCCAAGUGGUCACACUUCAUGGUCCUUCGCAGGUUUAGGGUUUUUGUCAUUGUACUUAUCAGGAAAGUUAAAAGCUUUCGAUCGUAAGGGUCAUGUGGCAAAACUAUGCAUUGUUUUCCUUCCUCUUCUUGCGGCAUCUCUUGUUGCCAUUUCUCGAGUUGAUGACUAUUGGCACCAUUGGCAGGAUGUUUUUGCUGGAGGCCUCUUAGGUUUCGUAGUGGCAACAUUUUGCUACCUACAGUUCUUCCCACCACCAUAUCAUACUGAUGGUUGGGGGCCAUAUGAAUAUUUUCGGAUGUUGGAGGAAUCACGUUCUAGUGCGCAACCAAAUGUUUCUGUAAAUGCAUUCACUGUGCAGGCUGUGGAGGUAGAGACUGUUCACCAACAGGGAACUCCAAGGGCCAAUAACUUUUCCAUAUUAUCUGGUGCACAUGAUUCUAGCACAGUGUUGGAUGAAAUGGAAACAGGGAGAUUAGAUGAAAUGGAAUCUGGGAGGAGAAGGCAGGAGGAGUUGAUGCCGCUACUCUUGAAGGUGUCCAAGCAGUGACUGUGUCCAUGUAUGAAGCAGAUCUUUGUGUGGGCUAGCAUGUUGGAAACUUUGGCGUUGUUACUCCAAGCUGAGGUCCAUGGCCUUCUCUAGUCCUUUCACAAUCGGAAAAAGGAAAUAACAAUCUUUAUGUUAUAGAAUGCACCACCCAUGCCCCCAAUUUUGCAAGCCCCUUAGAGAAUUGACUGCCAGCACCUCUCCUACUAUGUUGAUGGAAGGUUGAGAACUGAUACAAGACUGUACAGAAGACUGAAGAACCAAGCAUUUAGACAUUUGGUUAAAACAAAAUGUUAACAGUGGAAGGUUAAUAUAACUGUUUCAUAUUGCAUAAAUUAGUCAUAGCUUGAGCAGGAACCUUGUACAUAAGAUAUUAGGAGUAUAAUGGCAUCUUCCACUUCAUUCUAUGUUUUUAUCUGAUUCUGUUUUUCUUUU